AUGCCGCUCCUCCUUGCCGCUAAGCUUCCCUUCCUCCUACACAUCGCCAUCGAGACGGCCGCCGCGUACUCCUUCAUCCUCAAGCCCGCCAACCAGCUUCCAUCCCCAUCCCCCGCCGCUCAGCUGGUGCUGCAAUCCUUUGGCGGGCUGCUGCUCAGCACGAACCUGACGUGUUUAAUCUUGGUGGCGCGGCCGUUCGACGAGACGAGCAGGCUCGUGGCGGCGGCCUUGGCAUUUUGGCAUGUCUGGCCGUGCUGGCGUGCGUAUGUGAGACUGACGAGGCCCGAGGUGGAUGGGACGCGUACGCACAAGGGCGAGGUUGUCAGGAAGACGCUUGGCGGGCCGGCGGCUCAUCUCGCGGUGCACGCCGGAAUGUUUUUGUUGUUCGCCGGGGCUGCUCUUGUCUGA